UAUUUCAGCCUCCAGUGCUGACAGAGAUGCCAAAAUCACACACAGUGUUUUCUCUAGAAGACUUCAAUCUGGCCUGUGAGGCCACCGGGAACCCGACACCCACAUUCCGUUGGCUGAAAGAUGGCGAGUUGUUCGGAUCUGAGACCGAAGGAUCCGGAACGCUGAGAGGCGACAAUUCUUCCCUGGAUAUGUUAGAGGGUGAAUACCGCUGCUACGCCUCCAACAGUCUGGGCACCGCCAUGACACAAACCGUCAAAGUCAACGUAGAGCCUGAGCCAGUUCUCAUGAAACAACAAGUCGAGCGUGAGCAAGGACUCGUGGGACAGAGUAUGGUCCUGUCCUGCAACCCUCCAAAAAGCUCGCCUCCUCCCAACAUCCACUGGAUGAACAUAAAUUUGAUGCACAUUACUCGGAGUGAGAGAGUGACGAUCGGCCUGGACGGGAAGCUGUACUUCGCAAACCUCAUGAGGAGUGACAGCAGAGAGGACUACAUCUGCCACGCCCAGUACAGAGAGGCCAGGACUAUUCUACCUGCCACUGCUGUCUCCCUCUCUGUCAAGCCGAGCGAGCGCACACGAGAUGUUCUUCUUGGCAGGAAACCCGAACUCUUCCAUCCUGCUGGCAAUCUCUCCAGAGUUAUGGCCCUGAGGGGUCACAGUGUCACACUUGAAUGUUUGCCCAGUGGCUUGCCAACUCCUCAGGUGGAAUGGAAGAAGAAGGAUGCUGUCCUGGCAAACACAGCUGCUCAUGUUAUUAACUUUGACCGCUGGCUUUACUUCGACAGCAUCACCCUGGAUGAUGUUGGCGAGUACGAAUGCAAAGCCUCCAACACCCACGGCUCCACCACACACUUUUUCACAGUCACUGUGGAAGCGGCUCCUUACUGGGUGAAGGAGCCCCAGAACGGGAUGUACACUCUGGGUAAAACUGUGAGACUGGACUGUCAGGCGGACGGCAUCCCGAGGCCCAGCAUCACCUGGAGGAUCAACGGUCAGCUGUUCACAGAAGUGGAUGAAGAGCCUCGGCGCAGUGUAGCGGGCGGGUUGGUGAUACUGAGAGACGUGACUAUCGAAGACACAGCCGUGUAUCAAUGUGAAGCCACUAAUGUGCACGGCUCCAUCGUCAUCAAUGCCUUCCUUUAUGUCAUUGACCUCUCUUGUUUCCCUGACGGGGUCAUCUGUAAGGCUGUUGAUGGCGAUGACAUCACGCUUCCCUGUGAAUGUUCUGGCUUCCCACCACUUCACAUCAUAUGGAAGCGUCAGGACUUGCUGUCAGACCCUCGUGUGUCUUUGGAGCCCAGCGGGAAAAUCAAACUGUCCAGUGUCAGCCACAAUGACAGCGGACUGUACACCUGCUCUAUAGAAAACGUUAACAUCUCCAUCACUGUUGAGCUGCAAGUCUUCAAUCGAACGGUGAUCCUGACGGGUCCCCAGGACGUUCGCGCCCUCCGAGGUACCAGCGUCCUCCUGGACUGUUGUUUCGCUGUAGAUCCUCGGCUGAGCAGUUACCAGGUGGUCUGGAGGCAAGGCGACCGGAAACUAUCAGAGUCUAGUGUCGAUAAAAAGUACAUGAUCUUUGACAACGGUACGCUCAGAGUAACGGACGUCCAAUUACACGACACCGCUGAAUAUUCCUGUGAGGUCAUCACGGAUGUGGACAAGGUUACCGCCCAGGCCUCCAUCACCGUCAUCGACCCUGACAGAUUCUCCACAAAACACUGGCUGAUAACCACCUGCACCAUCGGGCUGUUGGUUCUGAUAGUCUUCAUCCUCACAUGGUGCAAGCACAGCAAAUACAGAGGUUUGAGGACCAGAGGAAACUCAGAGGGCACAAACAUGGAGGACGUCCACUACGAGAACUGUACUCCAGGUUCUACACGUGAAGACUCGACCUACCAGAGCCUCGAUCCAGCCGGCAGGGACCAGGACCAGACCUACUCUACACUCACACACCACACAUGAGACUCUCUGGAUUCACACCUCGGUUUGUUUUUGUACUUGAAGACUUCAGUCUUUUUACAGACCCUGGAAAUUCACAGCAACUACACCCAUAAAUGUGCAUAUUUUAAGCCUUAAUACAACUUAAUAGGUUAAGUUUUAAAAACAAACAACUCCCUGAAUGUUUGUUAUAAAGGAGGAAAUUGCAGAUAGAAAGACAAAAACGUCUUGGUCUCUGUCUGUCACCCUUGUAAAACGUGUUUAUUUCCGGUGUAAAGUUGGACAUCAAGUCUAUGGUUGACUCACUGGAGCCUCAAGUGAACAUUAGUGAACUGCAUUUUUUUUUAUCAUUUUAAUUUGCAACAAGACUAAUGAGAACAUGCCAGGUCAGCUCAUUUUUGCAUGCUUGUCACAUCCAUUUACUUCAGUGCUCACUCCACUGUGCUCCCAUGUAAUCAUCGGCUGUCUCUUAUGCUCUGCUUAGCUGUGGUUUUGAUCUACUCUGCAGGUUAUGUCCAAGUUACUGUCCUAACUUGCAGGUUUUAUCUCAGGUUUAUUGCUAGUGCACGUUUCUGUGUGUGAAAAGUGCAUUUAGUCCCAGAAGUUCACAGUCUGAUAUGAUUUUCAAUAAGAUUUUUGCUACUGUUUACUUUGCCCUGUCGUUGACACAGUAAUACUUAUGAUAUGCAAUUAAACAACUUCAGGCUUAGCUCGGUUUUCUUUAUGGAUGCCAUCAAGUGUUAUUGAACAUAUCUUAUUUUCUUUUGUAAUUAAUUGAUUUCUUCUAAUAAAUAGGCAGAACUUGUAACUGAA